GCCGUCGUCGGAUCGGAGUGGUCCGUGGCGCAGGUAGCGGGGUGCAAAACGGAAGAAUUAUGUUUAUGGACGGAACGUGUUGAGCAUGAGAGAGCUGAGCGAGCGGGAGAGUGUGAGCAGCAUAGAAAUUGCGCGCUCGCUGCUUCACAUGGUUUUCCACCAAUACCAAUCCGGGGUGGUUUCGGCUCACUGCGAGAGCAAGGUUUUCCUUCGAACGGUUCAUGCGCUCUCACGUGCUGAAGCUGCGGCGGGUGCUGCUGUGCGGGAAAAGUUCCAUUCAUCGAACCCUUGAAGAGUGCAGCGCAACAUUCGGUGAAACACUUCCCAGUGAUCAGUCGUCGGAGUGAGAUGUUCGGUGCGCUCUGCUGAAGAUCGAGGAUCUUUUCUCGCUCGGUUCAAGAUUGAGGCAGUCGUUGACACGGUGUUUGGCAAAAGAACGGUGACGGUGGUUGGCGGUUGUUGUUGUGGUGCCGUGAGUGUUGCGGGACCGAGUGUGUUAUCAGGGGUCGGCAAACCGAACCACAAAGACCGGACUUUGGCGGUAAAGUCGAAGGAAUUUGAAACAUUUCGUCCGUGACCGUGGUGGAGACCGCGACCGCGUGUGAAGAGCGAGCGGGUGAUACGCAAAUUAACUGCUGGCGGCGGCGGCGUUUUUGUUUUGUUGCCGUGCAUCUCCAUGGCCUGCUGCGGCACAGACAGGUGAAGAGAACGUAAAAGAGUCAAGUUUUGGAGUGUUUUUCGCGGCUCGACAGGGACGCUUCUCGCAAGGAAGAAGGCCCCAGUUAGUUACAUUGCGCGAAGAAAUUCGAAGUUCGGUUUUGCGUUGCGAGAGUUUGAUUAAUUAAGUGUGUCUUACGCGUGUACGCCUCGUGCGGCUUUGAAAGUUUUUUGGAAGAUUGGCAGUUUCGUCCCCGCGUCCAAUCAACGACUCGAGCUUGAAAGCUCUGCGGGAACCGGAGGUCAAGAGUGUGGAGAUAACGAAGGUGAAAGAAAGUGGUCAGGUGACCGAAAAAAAACAACAAAACAAGCAAAAAGCCUACCCGGGGUCGAACCGGUGAUUGGCGGUGCGUGGGGUGCGAGAAGUGCGAAAUGAUUGCGCAUUCUUCGUUGUCGAGGGUCGUCGGACGUCGCGCGGUAAUUGAAGUUUAAUGCGAACAGCGAUUGUCCAUCCCGAUGCCCUGAGUGCUCUGGCGGAGGCCGAUAAAGGUCGUCGCAAGAAGAAAGUGGGCCCCUUGCUCGGUGCUUGCUGUGCUAUGUGAGGUGAUCGGCUGCCGCGGUUGUGCCGUAGUGUGAAGAAUUCGAAUUGGAAUGCGAUGGAUAUGAAAGUGGAAAAAACUGCGCGAGUUUUGCGAGAAGAAGGUGUCCGGGUGUGAACGGGGGCUUUCGCCGUUGGUCGUACUGAAGGUGGAAACGGGUGCGACAUCAAAGUGCAACGACAUAAAUACGCAACAUACAAACCGCGCACGCGACUCGACGAUCAAAGUGCGCAUUAAUAGCGGGAAUGGUCCAAUUGAAGUUUGUUUGGCUAUAAGACCGGGCGUUUUAAUUGGAAAAUAGUAGUUCGACAUCAAACGCUAGCAGAGUGGUGGUGGAUCAAAGAAGAAAUAGAACCCGGUGGUGUCACGGAAGCGAAGAGCAGUGUUUUGAUAUGGUGUUUCGGGCGGAGGAAGAAAGCAACGUGCGCGAGAACGUGACUCGCAGGGGCAGCAUGCGGCAACGGUGCAGUACGAUGAGGAAAGCUGGCGCAUGUGGGAAUUUACUGCGGACCACGCUGGCGGUGUGUUUGAUGGUGGCGCAUUUCUCCGUGCCGUGUCAUUGCCGUGCAGCGGCGUCGACGGCGGCGGCAACGACAGCAGCGGCAGUGACCGUCAACCAGCGGCACCGACAGGCAAAUAUUUCCAUCGAAAGUAACUCGAUUCAGCGUUUGGUAAACGGCGAAUCGGAAGCGCCAAACGGGGCGUCAUUGGCGAAGGCAACUGUCAGCUACGGUGAUCAGAGUGGCGCCUCAUCUGGAGCUGGGACGUCCGCCGAGGCCGACGUCAGCAACAGCAAUCAACUGCCGGCGGUGACUUCGCCUCCAACGGUCGUUUCUGUGCAAAAGGAGCUGAAGCGGGUGUUCCUGUCCAACCGAACCGUCACUUGUAACGACGGCUCCCAGGCAGGGUUCUACUUACGAAAGUCUCCCGGAUCUAGGCGAUGGGUUGUUUUCUUUGAGGGUGGCUGGCACUGCUACGACCACAAGUCCUGUCGUGCCCGAUGGCUCAAACUGAGACCUCUGAUGACGUCCGCGCAGUGGCCGGAAACUAGAGAUGUUGGGGGUCUUCUAUCUCCACUUCCAUCGGAGAAUCCGUACUGGUACAACGCCAACCACGUGUUUGUGCCGUACUGCAGCAGUGACUCGUGGAGUGGAACCAAGGUCAAGCCCGACACGAGAGACGGGCUGCGGUUCAUGGGAUCGCUGAUCGUGCGCCAGGUGAUGGCCGAUUUGAUUCCGCUUGGGCUGGGACACUCGCAAGGAGCGGACCUGCUGAUGGCGGGAUCGUCUGCCGGUGGUUUGGGAGUGAUGCUCAACCUGGACAAGGUUCGCAGCUUUCUGCAGAAUGAAAAAGGACUCAAUGUUGCAGUUCGUGGCGUUAGCGACUCCGGAUGGUUCCUGGAUCGGGAACCUUACACACCGGGAGCCGUAGCCGCUUCGGAAGCUGUGCGCCAGGGUUGGCGAAUGUGGGACGGAGCCCUUCCACAAGCCUGUGUAGCCGAACAUCCGAAGGAACCGUGGAGGUGUUACUUUGGUCAUCGAUUGUACAACACGUUGAAAGCUCCUCUGUUCGUAUUCCAAUGGUUGUUCGACGAAGCGCAGAUGCGAGCGGAUCACGUGGGCGCUCCGGUGACUCCUCAACAGUGGGACUACAUCCACGACAUGGGCGGAGCGUUGCGGGAAUCGCUGAACAAUGUUUCGGCCGUGUUUGCUCCGUCCUGCAUUGGGCAUUCCGUGCUGACUAAGCGCGACUGGUUGAACAUCAAGAUCGACGAUGUCAGCUUGGCCGAUGCGCUUCGGUGUUGGGAGCAGUCGGACGUUCGGGAUCGACCCGUCCAAAGGCGUCAGUCGAACCGUAAUUCCAGUCCCCAGAAGAUGCGCCGGAAGCACAACGGCGGUCGGAGGAAAAAACAAGACGGACAACAGCCGAACGACAAUCAGGCCGGCAACGGACAGGAAGAUGUCCGGAAGCCCAAGUUGACCAAAGAAGAGCGACAGCGGAGAAGACAGGAGCGACAACUACAGCGAAGAUUAAAUCGGUUGAACAACAAGAAGAACGCCCGCGAAGGAGAAAAGAAUCACACGCGGCAUCAGCAGAGAUUGGACGAGCCACAAUCAACGAAAGUUCCUAGACAAGAGCGAUCGCCAAAUAGUACCGGUAAAAAUAGUAAUAACCCAAAUAGUGCUAACCCCAACAAGCAGCAGAAUCAGAACGGUCGCCAUCGGCUGCGGAAUCAGAACAAGAAGCGGAUGAACCACAAGAACCGCAACCGAAAGAACAUGAACAACCGGAAAAACCAACAGCAGCAACAGAACGUCCAUCCUUUCGGGCUGGACUUGGCCGAACCAAAGAAGUGCUCUCUGAGGUUGCUGGAGCGAUGCAGCUGGCCCCAGUGCAAUCAUUCCUGCCCAACGUUGACGAAUCCGCUGACAGGCGAGGAGAUGAAGUUCCUUGAGCUGUUGGCCUCAUUCGGGCUGGACAUGGAGGCCGUCGCAACGGCCCUCGGACUCGACAUGCAAACCCUCAACAACAUGGACCACGCGGAGCUGGUCAAUCUACUGACGCAGCAGGUCACGUAGCCGAAAGGUCACCCGCCCCCGCUUCCUUGUAAAUAACUGAACAAUUCUUUUAGGUAGAUGUUAAUUUAUUUUUCCGGCCGCACAGGCCUUUAGAUGUAGUGGAGGAAUUUGAUGAAUUUCAAAUGGUUACGUAAUUCGAGCAAGAUGUGUUUCUAAGUUCUAAAUUCUUGUCCGCCCUCAGGCAGACACAACCCCCGCGAUUCGGUCCACGUUUUCUUCAGAAAUGCAGCUCACACCUUUGUUGAGAUUAAACCCAAGAUUAACAAAACCCUGUUCAUAGUGCUUGUACAUAUAACUACCUAAGCAAUGCAAAGAGCUACAAAACAAACUAAACCAGACUGAAUCACUUAUGUUUAGAAGCAUUAUUUAUUUGUUUGUUUGUAAGUCCGUGUACAAUAGAGAAGCUUUAUCCAGAGAUGAUUUUUAGCGACAGCCAACCCAGUACUUAGUUAGGAUUGAUUUUUUGUUCUUUCUGUGCUUCACCGAGAGUCAGAAAUGAAAAGUUGUAUUUAUGUUUUGUUUUCCGAAAAAGAAAAUAAAUCUAAACUGUACAUAUUAGACACGUAAGAAAAAAACAGCGAAAUGACUACCUCACCGAUUACUUUAUAGCGAAGGAACAAUAGAAACAAAAGAAAUAAACACUAAAACAUAGAGCUCGAAUAGCAAAAGUAAUAAACCAGAAAAUUCAAAGGAAACAAAUCUACAACGGAAACUCGCAGCCCAUACGAAGGUGAACUGCAACAACGAAUCAUAUUUUGUACCUGCCAUUAGUCAUAGUUAUAGAGAAGUAUUAUAGAAUUUUCGCUAUGAACCGUGUCCCCUUUUUAAGCCCCUCCCAUUUCCCACUCAUGUGUGACCUUUGGAUCCACAUUCUGAAGAUCUGCUAGCUUAGACAUGUUUUCCCAAACGCCCUCGAAGAGAGAAAAGAAAGAUGUUUUCCGAUUUUUAUGUAUUGUAUUGUCUGUAAAUAAUUUAUUUAUAGGAGUCGACAGAAUAGAAAUUGUACGAAUGAAGCAAGAAGAGGAAGAAGGAACUGUAAUCAGUAUCAUGUUGAAAAUAUUCGAAAAUGCCAAGUGAAGAUAUGGAACGACGAUAAAUAAAAAUGUAU